AAAAAUGAGUUCUUUAAGCGUCAAGGCAGACUCAAAGACAAAGUUGACUCGCGUAAUAUGAUAAACUAGAGAGAGUUUAUAUAGCGAAUUUUCCCUGAUUUCGAGCACACUUUCCUUGCAUUUUCUCAGCAACCAAACAGAGAGAGAGCGGUGCCAGAGAUCAGAUCAGAUGGCGGAUGGAACUGGGCACUCGCGUUAUGUGAAGCUGACGAAAGAUCAAGCGCCUGUGGAUGACAUUAAGCCUGGGGAGCUCAAUCAGCCCAUCGAAGUUCCUCAGUUGAAUGUUCACAGGUGUAACGAAUGCGGACAACCUUUACCUGAAAGCUAUCAGCCCCCUGCAGAUGAACCUUGGACAACUGGAAUUUUUGGCUGUGCUGAGGAUAGAGAAAGUUGCUUGUCAGGGCUCUUUUGUCCGUGUGUUCUGUUUGGGCAUAAUGUUGAAAGCUUAAGAGAUGAUAUCCCUUGGACGAGACCAUGCAUUUGUCAUGCCAUUUUUAUUGAAGGUGGCAUGGCUCUGGCAGCAGCAACUGCAAUCUUCUAUGGUGUUGACCCAAAGACUUCGUUUCUUAUUUGUGAGGGUCUGUUAUUUUCUUGGUGGAUGUGUGGGGUGUACACAGGACUUGUUCGCCAAUCCUUACAGAAAAAAUAUCAUCUGCAGAACUCGCCGUGUGACCCGUGCUUGACCCACUGCUGCUUGCACUGGUGUGCCUUGUGCCAGGAGCACAGGGAGAGGAAGGGCCGCCUAUCGGACAAUGCUGUGAUGCCAAUGACCGUCGUCAACCCUCCCCCUGUUCAACAAAUGAAGCCUGCUGAUGACAACAACCAGGACUCUGCUGCACCGUCCUCUGCUGACAACAACGGGCAUACCAAUAUGGAAAUGCAGGCAUUGUAAAAUUUAAGCACCCAGGGGCUUUAUGUGUGUGAGCUCGUCAUUGUUGUAAAAUGGUUGAAUCACAUACACGAGAAGUCAUUAAACUAUAUAAACCUCAGUCUAUAUAGAGUUUGAUCUCCCGGUUUCAUUGCAGCGAGUACUGGAGACAUGCAAUUUUAAAAAGCUCUCACUUUCCAGUUUUACAGCU